AUGCUAGCGCGAACCGAGCACGCGCACCCCCUCCCCAGGCACCGACAUGCGCCCGCGGCAAAACCCCAGCAGCGCCAGAAGAAAGGCGGCAGCAUGCCCUCGAAACAGAUCGCACCAGCCACCAAUGAUGCGAACCGAGCAUGCGCACACCCCCAUGCACCGGCAGGACCCAGCCGCAGAACGCCACCAACGCCAGGGGAAAGGCGGCAACAUGCCCUAGGACGCAGCCAGCAGGGCCGGUACGCAUCCAACGAACAGAGCAUGCGCAUACCCCCACACCUCCGGAAUUUUGAUACAUUUUUGAUACACCCUAUCUAUCUAUCUAUCUAUCUAUCUAUCUAUCUAUCUAUCUAUCUAUCUAGCUCAUCACUUAUCUCUUUACUUCCCUCUUUUUUUUCUUUAUCUUUUUUACCCCUUUACCUUUUCCCUCAAACUAGUUCUCUCAUUCAAACUCGCACAAUCUCCCUAUCUUUCUCUUUCCCGAUCUUUCUCUCUCUAUCUAUUCUAUCUCUAUCUCACUCUCUCUCCUUCUUUCUCUAG